AUGGAGCUGCGCGCCGAGCUGCUCAAGUCCGUGUGGUAUGCAUUCACCGCGCUGGACGUGGAGAAGAGCGGGAAGGUGUCCAAAUCCCAGCUCAAGGUGCUGUCCCACAACCUGUACACCGUGCUGAACAUCCCGCACGACCCGGUGGCCCUGGAGGAGCACUUCCGCGACGACGACGACGGCCCCGUCUCCAGCCAGGGGUACAUGCCUUAUCUCAAUGCCCACAUCCUGGACAAGGCGGAGGAAGGGGCCUUCGUCAAGGAGCGCUUUGACGAGCUGUGCUGGACGCUGACGGCCAAGAAAAACUACCGGCCCGAAAAGGGUGGGGCCAGCGUGGUGUCCAACCAGGAUGCCUUCCGCCUCUGGUGCCUCUUCAACUUCCUGUCUGAGGACAAGUACCCGCUGGUUAUGGUGCCUGAUGAGGUGGAGUACCUGCUCCAGAAGGUGUGCAGCACCAUGAGCUUGGAAAUGGGCAGCGCGGAACUGGCAGAGCUGCUGACUCCGGACCCUCCCCAGGGAGGGGGACUGAACGUCUGGCAGUUCCUGGAACUGGUCAACUCGAGCCGCUGCCUGCGGGGCGUGGGGCGAGACACGGUCAGCAUGGCCAUCCACACCGUCUACCAGGAGCUCAUCCAGGAUGUGCUUAAGCAGGGCUACCUGUGGAAGCGGGGGCAACUACGCCGGAGUUGGGCCGAGCGCUGGUUCCUGCUGCAGCCCAACAGCCUGAGCUACUAUGGGAGCGAGGAGCGGCGGGAGCAGAGGGGCAGCAUUGCUCUGGACCCACAGUGCUGUGUGGAGGUGCUUCCGGACCGGGAUGGGAAGCGCUGCAUGUUCUGCGUGAAGACGGCGUCGCGCACUUACGAGAUGAGUGCGGCUGACACGCGCCAGCGCCAGGAAUGGACGGCUGCGAUCCAGACGGCAAUCCGGCUGCAGGUGGAAGGGAAGAAGUCCCUGCACAAGGACCUGAAGCAGAAGCGGCGGGAACAGCGGGAGCGGCAGGAGCGGCAGCGGAUGGCCCGGGAAGAGGAGCUGGCCCGCCUGCAGCAGCUCCAGGAGGAGAAGGAGCGGAAACUGCAGGAGCUGGAGCUGCUGCAGGAGGCUCAGAGCCAGGCCGAACGCCUGCUGCACCAGGAGGAGGAACGGCGGCGACAGCAGCAUCAGGAGAUGCAGAAGGCGUUGGAGGGGCAGCUGCGGGAAGCGGAGCAGGCCCGGGCCUCCAUGCAGGCCGAGAUGGAGCAAAAGGAAGAAGAGGCGGCCCGGCAGCGGCAGCGCAUCUCGGAGCUGGAGGAGAUGCAGCAGCGGCUACAAGAAGCGUUGCAGCUGGAAGUCAAAGCACGCAGGGACGAGGAGGCAAUGCGCUCUGCCCAGACCAGGCUGCUGGAGGAGGAGGAGAAGAAGCUGCAGCAGCUGCUGCAGCUGAAGGAGGAGCAGGAGAUGAGCAUGGAGCGCGCCCGGCGGGAACGGCAGGAGCUCCGGCAGGAGAUGGAGACGCAGAGCCGGAGCCUGCAGCAGGCACAGCAGCAGCUGGAGCAGGCUCGGCAGGACCGGCAGCGGGCCGACGAAGACGUGGAGGUGGCCCAGCAGAAGCUGCGACAGGCCAGCACUAACGUCAAGCACUGGAACGUGCAGAUGAACAGACUGAUGCACCCCAUAGGGCCCGGAGACAAGCGGCCUCCGACCAGCAGCUCGUUCCCGGCCUUCCAGCCUCCGCUUCUCCCCCGGCGCAACUCCUCGCUGAAGCUGCUUCAGGCCCGGUGGGAAGAACGGGCCGGCGAGAGUCCGCGGGCCUGCCCCAGAGAGAUGCAGGGCUCCCUCAACAACGGGGGCGGGUGCCCUUCCAGCCCGGCCUCCGCACCCCAGGCCGAACCAGCCACCUAGGCCCUUCCGGCCUUUGCCACCUCGUACUUCCCGAGCGCUCAGUCCGGUGCUCUGCACACUGUAAGCGCUCAAUAAAUACGAUUGAAUGAAUGAAAGGCGGCACCCUGCUGGAUUGGGGUGCCCAAGCUGCAGAACGAGGGCCGCCCCCGUCCUCGAAUCCCAACCGGGCGGCCUGCCACCGCCGUCCCCCAACGCCGGCCUGGAAGCCCCGGACGUUGGCGGGGAUGUGGGGUAGUGGGGUGGUCGGCGAGAGAUCCGCGCCCUUCCGACGCCCAGCCCCGUCCCGCUCGACCUCAGCACGGGCUGGCGCCGAAUAAAACUUUG